AUGACAGUACUUCCAUUAAUAGAUUCUUCCUCUGUCUCUGCUUCUUCAUCUUCGUCUUCAUUUGAAUCACAAUUAAAUUCUCAUCCCCAAUAUAUCAAUAUUAUUAAUCAAUAUCAAAAUUUCAUUAAAACUAAUAAUGAAACUUCAAAAAUCAUUGAAAGAAUCAUGCCAAAUUUAACUGGUGAAACACUUAAAGGUGAUGAUAAAAUCAAUCUUCGUACCAAAACUUUAUAUUUCAUUAAUGAUGAAUAUUUACUUCAUCAUCAAGAAAUCCCACCAGGUAAUAGUAGUAGUACUAGUAGUAAUGGCUCUAAUUAUUCGGUGACAUUUUUCCAUUUAGGUCAUAAAUUAACUGGACAUAAAGGGAUAAUUCAUGGUGGAUUAUUAGCUACUUUAUUAGAUGAAUUAACUUGUCGAUUAGCUUUUCUUAAUUUUGAAAAUCAACGAGGCGUAACGGCAAAUUUAAAUAUUGAUUAUAAACAACCUACUAUAGCUAAUCAAUUUAUAAUGAUAAAAUGUAUUGUGUUGGAGAAAUCAGGUCGGAAAUGUUGGGUUAAAGGUGAAGUCUAUAAAUUGAACAACCAACACCAAGAAGAGGGAGAGGGAGAGGGAGAUGAAGUUGAUGAUGAUUAUGAUUUGAUUAUUGAUAAGCCAGAGAAUUUAUUGACUAGUUGUAAAGUGUUAGUGAUUGAACCUAAGUGGGUUGAUAAGUUGACAUAG